AUGAGAGGGUUAAUAGUUAGAUUUCGAUUUUCAGAAUAGGUUUCAGCCCAAUAGCCAAUUUAAUUGAAAAGAUUCUAUAAGGAAGCUACCAUCGAAAUGGCCACGAAUCCAACUAACCCAUAUCAUUAAUGGUUGGUGAAGUUGGAUGGAAAGACAGUCAAAACUCCUUCUAAAAAUACAUUGGCUGUACCUUCUCCUUAAUUGGCUUCGUUUAUUGCGCAUGAAUUUAAUAUGCAAACAGAAUUCAUAAGGCCUACUACGAUGCCACUAUUGACUUUAGCCAGAAAUGCCAUUGACAUUGAGGCAGAUGAUAGAAUCAGAUAAUUUAUGGAAUAGUCUGUUAUUAGUUAUUUAGAGAGGGAUACUGUGUUGUUUAGAGAGAAUCCAGAUACUAAAUUAUAUAAAAUAUAGAAGGAGAAGUUGGAUCCACAAUUGUAAAUAUUUAAUGAGAAAUUUGGAUUGCAUUUAAAAACCAAUUUUGGAUUAAACAUAGAGCCAUUGAAAUAAUACGAUCAGAUUAGAAUUGAAACAAUAGUGGGUGAAUUAAAUAAUUGGCAAUUGGUGAGUCUGGAUGCAAAAGUCGAAAAUCUGAAAUCUUGCAUUUUGGCAUUGCUAAUAUGGAAUAAUCACUUAGAAGUUGAGGAGGCAGUGAGAUUGUCAAGAUUAGAAGAAGAUUUCCAGAUAGCAUAGUUUGGAAAAGUGGAGGGUCAUCAUGAUUUUGAUGAGAAUACUAUCAUGAUGAAUGUAUCAGCAUCUAAAUUGUUUGCAUAAUUGAUUUAGACAUAAAGUAUUGCCUAUUGA